AUGUCAGACAAGCCAAAGAUCCUCAUCGCGGGUGCCGCAGGCCGUACCGGUAGCAUUGCUACCAGGAUGCUUCUUGAAAGAAGGUAUCCUGUUCGUGCCAUGGUCCGCAAGGAGGACGAGCGUUCCCGCAAACUCGCAGACUUGGGCGCUGAGAUCUUCGUCGGUGACUACCUCGAUCUCCGCUCUGUGCGACGUGCAUUUGAAGGAGUAAAACGCGCCUACUUUGUUUACCCCAUGCAACCCGGCCUCGUGGAAGCGACAGCAAACUACUCCAUGGCAGCUAUAGAAGCCAAGGCUGAGUUUAUCCUCAACAUCUCGCAGCGGACAUCGCGCCCAGAUGCUACCAGUGAUUCAGCGAUGCAUCACUGGCUUGCGGAACGGGUUUUUGACUGGGCACCCAUUCCAGUGACUCAUCUUCAGCCAACGGCCUUCAAUGAGUGGUUGACCGUUAUGCAAAAGCUCAUUCUUCAAGGCCGUUAUGCGGUUCCAUUUGGUCCGAAAGGCCGCUUUGCCCCGAUCUCGUGCGAGGACCAAGGAGCUGUUAUCACGGAGAUUCUAGCCGACCCCUGGUCUCAUGUGGGACAGACUUAUCGACUCCUCGGACCCGUAGAGCUGACACCUCCAGAGAUCGCCGAGAUUGUUAGCAAGACUCUUGGCAAAGAGAUUCGCUACGAGCAAAUCACCGGGGAGCAAUGGGUCCGAGAAGUGACGGGCCAGGACAUACCGUACUUGUCUCAGCAUGUCCAGGGUAUUGUCCCGAUGCAUGAAAAGGGGCUUAUGGAUGGGACAAACGACGUCGUGGAGAGGAUUACUGGACGCCGUCCGGAGACAGUGGAGGACUUUGUCAAGAGAUAUCGCGAAGUCUUCGGAGGAUAA